AUGGCAUCCUACUGUGCUGCCUCGUCCAGGCUAGCCCUACCGACAGUUUUUCGGACCCUGUUCCGCUCCGAGGCGCCUCGCAAUCUACGCCCUUCCCGGAGUGUGCGCUCGCCAGCGCUCUACCAACCCAGACUGUUCAGCUCCGCCACUCUAUUCCGCCAAGUCCAGGAACAAUCGCAACAUGCAAUCCCCGUCACUCAAGAGAAUCCUACUUCCAAGUCUCCAAAGCCAUCGGAAUCUACUGCAGACUCGACUCCACCCUCUGAAAGGUCACCCGCGGACUCAGUGAAGUCGUCCAAGAACCCCGAUUCCAAAAAGAAGAACAAGGAUCGCAAAGAUCGCAAUCCCUCCAAACAUGCCGGCAAGGACAAGAAAUCCGAUAAGCCGAAGAAAGAGGACACACAGAAAAAGAAGGCCGAGCCCUGGAAGACUCAAAAACAGGCACUUGACAGGAAGUUCCCAAACGGUUGGAACCCUCCCAAGAAGCUUUCACCUGAUGCUCUGGAUGGAAUUCGAAGUCUACACGCAAGUGCUCCAGAUAGAUUCACAACCACGGUUCUGGCAGAGGAGUUCAAGAUCUCACCCGAGUCGAUUCGCCGCAUCUUGAAGAGCAAGUGGAGGCCGAAAGCUGAGGAGAUUGAAAGUCGGCGGGCACGGUGGGAAGCGCGACAUGAGCGGAUUUGGGGUCAUAUGGCUGAGUUGGGUCUACGGCCGAUGACCAAAAGUGCUCUUUCCAAGUCCGACUCCAAAUUACUGUAUAAGAAGGACAAGGAGGACCUGGAGGAUAAGGGAGAAUAA